UACUCUCAUUAACCAACUCCUAUAUUCUCUUCUCAUUCAACUUAUUCUUGAUUCAAACUUCCACCAUCUUAGCUCCAAAAAUAAUCACACACCAAAUAUUUCCUUACGUUUUAGUCGAUUUUCUUGUUCAUCAUAUAUAACUCAAAAAUGUUGUCUGAUCUUCAAGUAGAUGUCAAUGGCCAAGAGUCUUUCUCUGUCAGCAAGAAAAUUCUUGCAUCUCUCUCUGGUAAAUUAAGGAAGAUGUUCGGUAAGUCAGCAACAAACAUAACAGAAAGCCUCAAACUGAUUUUUCAAGACUUUCCCGGUGGCGCCGAAGGAUUUGAACUGAUUGUUAGAUUCUGUUACAACGGAGGCAGAAUCGACAUAACCCCGUGUAACGUGGUGCUACUGCACUCUGCUGCUAGAUAUCUAGAAAUCAAGGAAGAUCAGACCACCAAGUACUUUCAAAUUGUUCACUUCUGGACUUGGUCUGAGCUUCUCCAUUGCUUAAGACAGUGCCAGGAAUUCUCGUCUCUCGUGAAAUCUUCGACCAUAGUUGAAGAAAUCUUGAAUGCUGUUGUUGAGAAGAUUUCAAUGUCAAGAAGCCCUUUUGAUUUCUCUUGCUCAGAUUAUUCUGGUGAUGUGAGCACUAACAGCAGCAGCAGAUCAAGCAGUUUUCUUCAUACAGCUAACUUGUUAGGAGAUCUCGAGUUCUUGAACACUGAAUUCUUUGACAAAGUGUUGAGUACUAUGAUUUCAGAGAAACUGGAUCAUGGGGUGGUUUGCUCUCUCCUUGUUCACUAUCAGAAGGUGAGAUUUGUCGGGCUUUUAGCAGCAGACGAGAGGUGCAGAAUCGUUGAAGUUGUGAUCACUUGCCUCUCUUCACUAAAUGGAGGCUUCAGAGUGUUUCCAUUCAGAAAUCUGUGUGACAUUCUUCGAGCAUGCCUCACUCUCAAAAUGGGGAGAUUUUGGUUGAGGAGAGUCGAAAGAAUGAUUGGUUCGCGACUGGAUGAAGCCACAUUGGAUGAUUUGAUGAUCCCUUGUCAUGGCAGGAAGGUUGGGGCUUAUGAUGUGAGCUUGAUCAUGAGAUUCUUGAAAGUUUUCUUGGGCGAAUGCAGAGGAGAGAUGUUCGUUCCACGUUUGAAGAGAGUCGGUUUCUUGAUGGAUUUGUACCUUGCAGAAGUGGCUCCUGAUCCUCACCUUAGGCCUAGCAAGUUUCUUGCAUUAGCCCUUGCUCUGCCAGAUUCAGCAAGACACUGUUGUGACACACUUUCUCAAGUUGUGCACUUGUAUUUUAAGGUGCAUAGAUUCAUGAGUGAAGAAGAGAAGAUCAGAAUCUGUUCAAUCUUGAAUUAUGGCAAGCUUUCAUCAGAAUCUUUACUAUACUUGGCUAAAAAUGCUGAAUUUCCAGCUUGUGUAGGUGCUGCUGCUCUUCAAAUUCUGGCCAAAGAUGAUAAGAGUCUUGAAUUUAGGUUGGAUUAUUCAUUAGCUGCAGAUGAAGAUGAACAUAUUUUAGUGCAUUUACCAGAGGGGAUUGAAUGCCGAAAAAUGCAGAAUUUUUCUUCAGAUUUUGCCAAAAUUAAUGUAAGACGUCCAAAAUCUGACAAAUCAUUGCCUAUGCUAUGUUCCUGAUGUCAACACUGCUUUGAUUUUAUUUUAUUUUAAUCACCAUGUUGUGAAUAAGAGAUGCUUCAGU